AUGACUGCCAUGUCGCUGCUGUCGCUUGUAGCGUGUUUUGUAGCUGCUUUCGCUGCAUAUCGGCUGUACGUGGCCUAUAGAGUGCGACUCACGGCCCAACAGCAUGGAUGCCAGGCUGCAGCCCGCUACAAGCAUAAAGACCCUGUCUUCGGUCUGGAUAUCUUUCUGCGCACGGGGGAUGCAAUUACGAAGAACCAAUUCCUGGUUGAGCACCAGCGGCGAUAUGAUGCAUAUGGCCACACUUUCGAAGCUCUGAACUUCGGUUCGCGUGCCAUAUAUUCUGUUCACCCGGAAAACCUUCGAGCAGUCUUCUCUAAGAAUGCUGCGGACUGGGGUAUUCAGCCUCUGCGACUCCGCAAUAUGAGCCCAUUCUGCGGCACGGGGUUCAUCACGGCCGAUGGCUCUGACUGGAAGAUCUCCCACGACCUGCUCAAGCCCAGCUUCCACAGGUCCAAUAUCUCCGACUUCGGUCCUCUUGAAGAGCAUCUCCGUCUUCUACUAGAACAGAUCCCAACAGACGGCUCCAAGUUUGACCUACAGCCAUUUAUUUUGAAACUUUAUCUCGAUAUGGGUACGCUCUUUCUGUUCGGAGAGUCUAUUGGCAUGCUUUCAGGCACUCCUCCAUCGCAUGCACAAGGCUUCCUCGAUGCAUUCCAGGCUGGCGUCAAUGGCUGCGGACUACGCAUCGCCCUGGGACCUCUAAACUUCUUAAUGCCAAAGGGUGCCUGGCUCAAGGCAUGCGGCAACGUUCACGAGUUUGCCAAGGUAUAUGUUGACAGAGCUAUCGAGUAUCGCAACAAGAUCAGCUCAGUUGAAGACAGCCAAGCCAAGGUACAUCAACGUACUCUGCUGUUCAACAUGGCACAACAGACCGAUGAUAGGACCAUUCUUCGGAACCAGACAGUGCAAGCCAUGAUGGCAUCAACGGAAACAACUGCUUCUCUGAUCAGCCAUGUCAUUCGAAACUUGGCCAGCAAUCCUGAUAUAUGUGCCCAUGUACGAGCUGAAGUCCUAGCCUUGGGGGAUGCGCCACUUGAUUUCGACCAGUUACCAAGGAUCAAGUCUCUGCAACAUGUCAUCACUGAAACCCUUCGCCUAUACCCUGUAUUUCCCCAGAUGAAUCGGGUUUCUCUGAAGGACAUAGUCCUACCGACCGGAGGAGGCUCGGAUGGCACCGCUCCAGUAUUUGCUCCAGCCGGCACUCUGUUCGAUACCUCCUUCUCUACGCUCCACCGCGAUCCGAAGAUCUGGGGUCCGGAUGCUGACGACUUUCGUCCCUCCCGCUGGGAGAACGAUUACAGCCCUCCUCCGUUCACGUUCAUGCCAUUUGGAGCUGGGCCCCGGCAGUGCCUGGCACAGCAAAAGGCGACUAUGGAGACCUCCUAUGUAGUAUCACGGAUUUUGCAGGAGUUUAGUGGAAUCAAGAGCGAAGACGAGAAGCCCUAUCAGGCACAGGUAGCUCUCACAGCAAAGAGCGCUCAUGGGUGCCUCGUGUCACUCACUCCAGCAACGGAACAAAUUGUCGAGUAG